AGGAUUGGCGAGAGGGGUGAUCCUUGUGGGAUGCCGUUGAGCACCGGCUCCAUCGUGCUCCGCUUCCCAUCCAGGCAGACAGCGGCCUCUCGGUCCUCGAGGAAGCUCGCGAUGAAGCGUACGAUUUCGAUUGGCACCCGUCGAGCCUUCAGCUCGCUGAGAAGUCUGUCGUGGUUGACAAAGUCGAAGUAUCCCUUGAUGUCGAAGGUCAGCGCCGACGUCACCCAUCCGUGA